AGAUCAGCCAGAAGAGCCUCGAGUGCUGUUUGGCCGAGGAGGAGAUGGCAGCCGGGAGGAGGUGAGCAUCACGGGGAGGAUGGCGUAGCGGCACUCCAGGUCCAGGCCGGGCCCUGAGGAUGAGCCACUAGAGCGCCAUGGACCGAGCCCAGCGCGCAGGACUGCAGCUGCAGCAGCUCCCGCCCACCAGCAGCGCCGCCUCCGGAGGCGAGGCUUCCUUCUCUUACAAGGAAAACCUGAUUGGCGCCCUCUUGGCGAUUUUUGGGCACCUCGUGGUCAGCAUCGCACUUAACCUCCAGAAGUACUGCCACAUCCGCCUGGCGGGCACCAAGGACCCGCGCGCCUACUUCAAGACCAAGACAUGGUGGCUGGGCCUCUUCCUCAUGCUGCUGGGCGAGCUGGGCGUGUUCGCCUCCUACGCCUUCGCCCCGCUCUCGCUGAUCGUGCCCCUCGGCGCCGUCUCCGUGAUAGCUAGCGCCAUCAUAGGAAUCAUAUUCAUCAAAGAAAAAUGGAAACCUAGAGACUUUCUGAGGCGCUAUGUCUUGUCCUUCGUGGGCUGCGGCUUGGCUAUCGUGGGCACCUACCUGCUGGUGACCUUCGCCCCCAACAGCCACGAGAAGAUGACGGGAGAGAACAUCACCAGGCACCUCGUGAGCUGGCCUUUCCUCCUGUACACGCUGGUGGAGAUCAUUCUCUUCUGCCUGCUGCUCUACUUCUACAAGGAGAAGAAUGCCAACAGCAUCGUCGUGAUUCUCCUCUUGGUGGCUUUGCUCGGCUCCAUGACAGUGGUGACAGUCAAGGCUGUGGCUGGGAUGCUGGUCCUGUCCAUCCAGGGGAACCUGCAGCUCGACUACCCCAUCUUCUACGUGAUGUUCGUGUGCAUGGUGGCCACCGCCAUCUACCAAGCCGCGUUCUUAAGCCAAGCCUCCCAGAUCUACGACUCCUCUUUGAUUGCCAGUGUGGGCUACAUCCUGUCCACCACUGUGGCCAUCACUGCAGGUGCAGUGUUUUACCUGGACUUCGUCGGGGAGGACGCGCUGCACAUCUGCAUGUUUGCACUCGGGUGCCUCAUUGCGUUCCUGGGCGUCUUCUUAAUCACGCGGAACAGGAAGAAAGCCAUUCCAUUUGAGCCCUACAUUUCCAUGGAUGCCAUGCCAGGGAUGCAAAACAUGCAUGACAAGGGGAUGACGGUGCAGCCUGACCUCAAAGCUUCUUUUUCCUAUGGGGCCCUGGAAAACAACGACAGCAUUUCCGAGAUCUACGCUCCUGCCACACUGCCAGUCAUGCAAGAGGAACACGGCUCCCGAAGUGCCCCGGGGGUUCCCUACCGAGUGCUGGAGCACACCAAGAAGGAGUGAGCCUCCCGGACUGCAGCUCGCCCCCCUGGCCGCCCACGCCGGGCUGACGGCUCCCUUCUUUCUACAACUUGCCUUUCAAGGUUUUUUUUUUUUUUUAAUCGAGAACUCUAUAGAAGGGGGAUCUUGGAAAGCCUUGUGACCUUGGUCUUGAACUUCCAAAUGGGGAGGUUGGGGAGGGAGAGAAGAGUAUUCCAGGUGGGCUGCGUGGAAUUCAGCCCAGCCUGGCUUAGCCUUCUGGCCUCCCGAGGGCACUGAGCCUCCCCAGGCAGUGACCAAGGUUGCCGUGCUCUUGGGCGCUGCAGGCAGAGAUUCUGCUCUUACUCCUAAAUCCAGCGAAGCCCUGGGGACCUCUAAACUCAUCCUCCGCCACUCGCAGGCUCGUCUCCCACUGACUCACUCACAAUUCGUAUUUUUGACAGUAUCCACUCGCUCCGUUCAGGGGCAUAGCAGGCCUGCUGUGAGCGGAACACGCGGUCACUGGCACCUUGGCAGUGUCCCUCGGCCUCUGGUCAUCAGUGCUGGAUCUGCUCUAGAAACUAACGUGGUGUUGGUCCUGUGAGAACUGCAUGAUCGUGUUUCCCCCAAAGGAAUGGGGCAGUUAGAGAAGAAGGGGGAGAAUAGGAGGACUUGGAGCCAAGGAUGUCUUUAUACAGGACAGACGAAAUCUGAGUUACUUUCCCGCCCAACACCCGCUGGGAAGUCUGGAGGUGCUCGGCCCAGAGCCAGCCUGCAGCCACCCCCUCUGUGCUCUCCCUUCAGAGACCCACCACCCACCUGUGAGGUACUGGUCAUUUCCCUGGAAUCAGUGCAGGCUGCUGGGGUCCCCAGCCACAGCACUGUGCCUGGGAGAAGCAGCUGUACUCACAGAUGGGCUGUGGCUCCCUCUGGCCACAGACCUGAUCAUCUUAAAGGAAAGAAAGGUUUGCAAACUUUAAUGAACAUAAGGGUCCCUCAGGAGUUUAUUUAAAAUGCAGAUUCCUGCACCCCAGCUACGGAGACAUUUUAGGUGGGCCUAUGGGGUAGGGCCCAAGUAUCUGCAUUGGCAAAUGGCACCAUAGCUAGUAACCCAAGAUCACAGCCCUCGAAAGCCUGCAGUGGAAAGAGGCAGCUGUUAGGACCCCAAGGGGCCCCUGCUAGGAGGUGAGAGUUAUGCUUCCAUUUCCUCUCUGGGCUGCUUGCGGCAGGUUGAGUGGCCCUAUAGGAUCUGUAGCUUUCCCCCACCCUGUGAGUACUACUUAGAUCAGCUGCUGCUUCCCAGGGCAGCCUUUAACUAAGGCAAGAUAACAGUGUUAACAGGCCAGUGUUGAUAGGUCACUUAUCUCUGUAGAUUGUGCUUAAUGCUGAUUUAGCACCCUGACUUCACAAUUCCUGUUGUCCUGAUAACCACUCUGUAUUGUGUCUUAACCACUUCUGUAUUGUCUUAAAUGCCUACCAAGGCAACAAAGAGCUUUUUGUUCCCUUAGGAUGAGUAUCGAAACCGUUCAAAAAUAUUUAUGAGGUAUUUACUACUCGUUAAGCAUUUAGAGGGUGAAGCUACCAGCAGGACAGGGUUCCCAUCCUCCAGCCAGCAGGGGGAGACACAGGGAUGCAGGCGACUCCUGCAGGGCUGUGAGAGGUGCACACUUUUUUGCACGGCUGGGGAUGAACCCCAGGCCUUGCACACAAUAGGCAAGGGCUCUACCCCUGAGCUACACUCCCAGCCCCAAGAGCAGACCACAGAAAGCAACAGGCCAGGCCCUGAGCCCAAAGGGUUUUCAGAAUUGGAGGUGAUUCUGGCCCCAGGAACAGAUAGUAGUGACAAUGACGGGGCCAAGCUAAGAUUUAAGCAGAGCCUAUAGAGUGGGGUGGUCUCACACACUCUGCCCCAGCAGAAGAGCCAGCAUUUGCAAAAAAAAAAAAAGGGUGGGAGAUGAACCAGGAAAGAUCAGCAGUGGAGGCUGAGCAUCCUGAAUACCCGGCAGAAGAGUGGAAAGUGUACCCUGGAGGGCCUGGGAGCCAUUGAUGGUUCCUGAGGACGAGAACUGCAGGAUGAGCUCUGAGUGGACAGGAGGCCUUGUUCAGUGUGGAGGAAGAAACGGGCUGAGAAGGCACCUUUCAAGGUCAACCUCUGGGCCUGCAAGGACACACCAAGGGGAAAUAGGAUCAGGUUUCAGUGCUCUUCAGAUAUUCCUGUUUCCGGGUGGUUUUUCUAGGGUCAGGGAGGGGCGGAGUGGUAGGGAAGGUCAGCGGGAGCUGUUCAGUGCACCCAGCCAGGUGAUGGGCCUUGGCCUUCUGAGUGCUCCCAGCCUCCCUCCAGCCCUGUCCCUUCCCACUUUGGUUAAUGAGCCAUGUGGCCUUGGGCCAGCCAGCUCUCUUGAGAUGUGUGGAUACAAGAGCACCUUAAUUUCAGGUCUGCUAUGGGUCAUUCCUGGGUGACAAUGACAGUGCCACCCAGGAACUGCCACCAGGGCCUAGGCAGCUCCCUGUCCUCAGGUCUGGGUAGUGACACCACCCCUCAAGGCUGAGCAGAAGGCUGUGGUGGUUUCCUGAGUGCGGCCAGAGGAUCGUCUCAGGCAGCUGGAAAGGACAGCCGAAGGGGGGCCCUCAUGUCCAGAGUUCCGAAUCUGCCUGGGCUGGCCAUUCCCGGGUGCUGUCCCUAGGUGAAAGUGGACUGUCCACUAAUGGUGAUGCGCACUGGCUGGUAGGAGCCACUCCCAGCUCUGAGUCCUGUUGUCACUCAUGGCUCUGACGUUCCCAGCCCUUGAUGCUCCAAGCCCCAUUGAACAGCCCCGUCCUCCCAGCAGCCAGGUACCUGAUGGAACAUCACCAAACGUGGGUUUAAACUUCCGCUGAUCUCUGGUCUUCCUCUGCCCCCUGUUGUACAGCCUGGGAUUCUGGGUUCCCUGAUUAGACAUUAAACAUGUUCAGAGACUGCUUUGAAGAUGGGUUUUGCAGCAUGGGAUUGAAUGCUGGGCAGGGAAGGCAGGGCCUGCGUUUCUAGUAGGAACCAGCCAGCUCCAGGGUGCUGUGCAGACGGGGCAUCCAUCAGGGCAGUGCGGGAAGCCCCACCCAGCAACCUGUGAGUUCCUAGGAUCGACCCCACACUGGCUGGUAGGCAAAAGAAAGUCGCUUGUGUGUUUCCCUGAGAAGCUGUGUAAAUGAAGUCACUUUAGGACAUAUUCUAUGUGGAUGCUUAUAUUUUGUUAACUUCAUGGCUAAUAUAGCAUGUCUUAUUUUUUAAAAAGAAAAAUGUGUACUAGGUGCAAAUAACACUGAGAUGGUAUUUAAUUAAAAAAAAUCCAUGCAGUA